AAUUUUAGAAUUUUUGGAUUUUGGUUAUUAUUUUAUUAUGUGCACGUGCUGUGAGGUUAAAUGAACUAUUCAUUUACUAUGUUUGAAAUCGUACAACAUAUGCAAGUUUAAACUACACUAUAAUACCAAAUAUUCAGUAUGGCUAGUUCACUAAAGGAGGUAUAUGAGAAAACAGGUGAAUAUGAAGCAUUUUAUACUGGAGGCGACAUACAAUGGACUACAGACGGUGGACAAUUUCUUUGUCAGUGUGAUGAUGUGAUAAAAGUUAUUGAUGUCAAUACCUUAUGUAAUACACUCACUAUAGGAGUCUCAACAGAUGAUAAAGAUGGAACCGAUCAAAUAUAUACUUUUAAUAUGUCACAUGACAACCAAACUGUUAUAACUGCACACAAAAGUGGAUUGAUCAAACUUUGGGACAAAGAUAGUGGUAGACAAGUAAAAGUAUGGAAAUCAGGUCACAAAGGGGCUGUGGCUAGGUUAGCUUUCGACUCUAAUGAUACCAAUGUGGCAUCAGGUGGAACAGAUGGAAAUGUAAGACUCUGGGAUAUUACACAUCAUACUUGUACAAGCAGUCUGAAAGGAGCUAUGGGUGUGUUUACAGUCUUAAAAUAUCACCCUGAUUCUUCUAAACAACUUAUUUUUGGAGCUGCAGAUGAUACAAAAAUUAGAUCAUGGGAUUCAAAAACUGGUAAAGACAGUAUAGUAUAUGCUGGACAUUUCAGUAAAGUUACUUCAUUACAAUUUACUCUUGAUGGAGAACAUAUGGUAAGUUCUGGAAGGGAUAGAGUUCUUAUUCUUUGGAAAAUUGGAGAAAGUAAAGCUUUAAGAGUAGUCCCAGUCUAUGAGUGUAUUGAAACAAUUAUACUUAUGCCACCUACUUUUAAAGUUCCAAAUUUUAAGAAGAAAUUAGAGACUGAAGGAAUUUAUGUAGCCUGUGCUGGUGAAAAAGGCGCAGUUAAGAUAUGGAAUGUGCAAAUAAGUCGCCUUAUGUUUGAACAAUCUAACAGUCUUGUAUCACCUUCAACUGAAGAGGGUGGAUUGGCAGUAACACAUUUGCUGUACAAUGAAGCAAGAAAUAUGCUUUCAAUUGCUACAGCUGACCAUAAUAUCAUAAUUCAUGACUUGGAAACAUUCACGUGUGUGAAACAAAUGAUUGGUUUUACUGAUGAAAUAUUAGACAUUAUAUUUGUUGGAAAAGAUGAAACACAUAUUGUUGUUGCUACAAACAGUAGAGAUUUGAAGCACUAUGAAUUAGGUACUAUGAAUUGCAAGUUGAUAAAAGGUCAUACUGAUAUUGUUCUUGCUUUGGCAAAUUUUCCCACCAAACCGAAUGUUUUUGUAUCAUCAGGUAAAGAUAACUCUGUAAGAAUUUGGUUUCAAGAUGAGCAGAAUGAAAUUAAAUGCUUCGGAAUAGGUGUAAGACAUACAGGCUCUGUUGGCUCAGUGUUUACAUCCCAAACUUCUGAUAGAUUUUUUACUUCUGUAAGUCAAGAUAACUGUUUAAAGUUGUGGACUGUACCAGAGGAAGUAGAUAAUAUAGAUCAGAAAAUAAAAUCAAGUCACACUGAAUUGGCUCAUAAUAUGGAUAUCAACUGUGUAGCUGUAUCACCAAAUGACAAAAUAAUAGCAACUGGAUCACAGGAUAAAACUGCAAAACUAUGGACUGAAGAUCUAUCAUUAUUGGGAAUUUUAAAAGGUCAUAGAAGAGGUAUAUGGUGUGUAAGAUUUUCAUCUGUGGAUCAAGUAGUUUUGACAUCUUCAGCAGACAGCACAUUGAAAUUGUGGUCUAUAGCAGAUCUUAGCUGCUUAAAAACAUUUGAAGGGCAUGAAAGCUCUGUUCUAAAGAUAGAAUUUUUAAGUAAAGGCCAGCAAAUUAUAUCAAGUGGAGCUGAUGGUCUGUUGAAACUUUGGAACAUUAAGUCUUCAGAAUGUAAAAUGUCUUUAGAUAAUCACGAUGGCAAAGUGUGGUCCUUAGCUGUAAAUAAAAAUGAAUCAGUUAUUAUCACUGGAGGGUCUGAUUCUAAACUAGUUACAUUAAAAGAUGUAUCAAUGGAAAAACGAGAAAUAUCAGCAAAAGAAAGAGAAGCUCUUAUUCUCCAAGAGCAAGAGCUUUUGAAUUUGUUACAUGAUAAAAAACUAGUUAAAGCACUUAAAUUAGCAAUCAGAAUGGAAAGGCCUUUGCAUGUGCUAAAAAUAGUUAAUGAAGUUUUGAAAUAUGGUAAAGAUAAAUUAUCUGAUACUUUAAAAGAAAUAAAUAAUACACAAAAAGAAACAUUACUAAGAUUUGCAGCUGAAUGGAAUACAAAUAACAAGAAUUGUCAUGCUGCUCAGUUGGUAUUUUAUGUUUUAGCCCCUGAAAUUAUUUCAGGUAAUCUAAAAGUGUCAUCUUUAGCAAGCCUUGUUGAAGGUACACUACCAUAUACUGAAAGGCAUUUUGAAAGGUUAACAAAUUUAUUGCAAGACCUGAAUUUCAUUUCAUACACUGUUAACUGUAUGCAACCUCAUGCUGUUAAAAAUGUUGAAUAAUAUGAAUAUUAUAAGAGUAUUGACAUCAA